AUGCGGCACCACCGAGGCCUCUUGGGGCUGCUCGUUGCUUCGCUCCUGCGGCCCAGCACUGGCGACACGCUGGAUAUUGAAGCGUCGCUGUUCCUGGACUCGAACUGCUUCGACAGGUACAGCGAGCUACUGCUUCUAGAUGACGGCUGCUAUGCGAACCUGUACACAAACUUGACCAAGGCCUUCAAGUUGAGGAUCGUGGGGUUCACCGCGCCCUACAAGUAUGACAUCUACGACUACACGGACGCGUGCCACACGCAGUUCAGUCCAAAAAGGACUCUGACCGCCGGCAAGUGUGAGCGAUUUGUCGGAGGCUACUUCGUAGAGAUGACGAACCGGUUGCGAUCCUCGACUUGCGUGGGCCAAGACUGUUCCAGGUUAGCGGUGACGAAGCAGCGGUUCUUCUCCGAGUCCAUGUGCGUUGGGCUGCCUUACGAGGUGUACACCUACCCGGUCCAGAACGAGUGCAUGCGCUGGAGCAAUGGCACACAGGCUUUCCGCGUGGAUCCCACCACGACCAAUGUCACACAGGUGGACUACCUUGUCAACGACAAGUGUGGUGGAGACCUAACCCGGGAGUACGUCAUGAGCGUGGGCUACUGCUACGAGCUCUAUCCAGACAGAGCUCCGCGGAGUUUCAAGUGGGAGGUCGAGAGAUACGACAGCACCACCAUUUCGGAGGCAUGGAGGCCAGCCGGCCUGGGGCUUGUUCAGGCGGCGGGCAUGGCAGCGCCGCUAGCCCUGCUUGGCAGCUCCAGGGACCUCUGA